AUGGUCAACGAAGGCGAAACUUGGUGGAACGCCUACCAACGACAAAAAAAAAUACUGUACAGCAACCAAGACACCAAAACCACCAUCGACAGCAUCCAAAAUUUCUACGAAAGCUUCUGCCGCCCCAGCUCAGAAUCCCAAACUUUGGAUUUCACUGAAACGAAUCUCAAGCAAAUAGCCGAGGAAGAAAACGAAACCAUCGACACCAAUGAAGAAGAAAUAAUAGAUAUCAUCGACAUCGACCAGGAAUUAGAAACGACAGCAGAUCAACCACUGGAAGAACUCACCAAGGAUCCCUUCAUUGCAAAACUGGCUUCCUUGCCUGAAAACCCUAUGGAUAUCCCAACGAGACAAUGGACGUCAACCAUCAAUCGCGAUGACGCCUUACAAGCCAUUCGCCAACUACCCUCGAAAUCCGGAAACAAGUUCACGUUACCUGGGCGAACGAGUCUGGGAUUCCCCAUGUCAGAAAGCAACCCAACAAUGGAAGAUGCAGAAAAUGCCACCCAAUUGGAUAGACCCUUAGGAACGCGAAUACAACUACUGGAGGACUUAGCUAAAGCACUUGACCAUCAGAUCGACGAGCCAGGACUUUCAGACGGAAGCGAACCAGAAUUGCUGGAAGCCAACUUCCCCAGCCUCCAAGAACAAUCACAACAUUGGUCGUUGAACGCAGAACAACACGACGCUUUCCUUCUCAUGGGAGCUGCGCUGUUACAACACGUCCACACCACCAACCAGCUUUCCCAAUUAGAACACAACCAGAGACUGGUAGCCAAAAUUCACAAAAUCAACAACUAUUUAGAUGCAGUUUUGCCCAUCAACCGCCAACUCGUGAUGUUCUUGGCCGGGUCGGGAGGAACAGAAAAAUCACGCGUAAUCCAAUGCUUCAAAGAUUUCGCUCGGCGCUGGCAUUCCGUAGCAUCCACCGUCAUCAGCGAUUCCUCUGGCGUGGCUGUUAUGCUCAUUGGAGGAUGCACCCUCCACUCCGCAUUGGGGAUUGGCAUUCGAAGAGAGCCCCCAAAACCCACUCAACAACAAAUCGACGCCUGGUCAGAAGUGGGAGUCUUGUUCAUCGAUGAAUUUAGCAUGGUGACACCACACAUGCUGGAUCUCAUCGACACUCGACUAAGGCAAUUAAAAGGCCAACCCGACAAACUCUACGGUGGUGUUUAUCUCAUCUUUUGGGGCGACUUCUACCAACUACCACCUGUAGGCAGCGGCACCAUUUACUCCAACCUCAAUGUUACAGCAGGUGUCAAUACAAUCCGAGCAUCGAACGGCCAGCACACUUGGAAAACAUGCCUCACCGACGUCAUAGAACUCACCAAAAACCACAGACAACAAGACCCGAAAUGGGCCUCAACCCUUGAACAUUUCAGAAUCCACCAACCCCGUCAAGAAGAUAUUGAUUUCGUUUCGACUCGAUACAUGUUCGACGACAGCCAUCCGAUAGAAAACCCACCAAAAUUCACCAUCACUGCAGUACCGUUCAACGACAUGCGAGAAAAAGCUCUGCGAUACUGCGAGCAACGUCUGAUUCUAAACUACCAAAUUGCAACAACCCAAAUGACUGGCGGACCCACGGCAUCCUACUCGUCAAAGCCGUAA